AUGUCUACUGAUACUAUCGAACUUUUCUGUCUGAUUCAAGAAAACACAGUUGCUCAAGCCUUUCCAUUGAAAAUCAAUCAAAAUGAGAGUAUUGGUCAACUCAAGGAAGUUAUUAAGGUGAAAAAAACAUCUGAGUUUAAUUUCUUCACUGCAAAUCAGAUUCGGUUAUGGAAGAUACAAAUUCAAGGUGAUAGUGAUAAAGAGCUAACUAAACUUAUGCUCUAUAAAGAGGAGCAACUUCUUCCAACGAGGAAAGUUAGUAGUUAUUUUUCUGAAAAACCGCUUGACGAGUAUAUUCAUAUCAUUAUCAAACUACCUACACCGCAUAUUACGUUUGACCAAGUAUACAAGAUGGGACUUUUGAAGAAAGGAGAUAUUGUAGAAUACCUAGAAAAGAUUUUUAUUAUAAAGCAACGUUACGUGGAUGUUGUCUUUAUUGCGGAGAUAGACAAUUUAGUACAUUUACAAA